AGCAUAUCCUAUCUCGGGAGUCUGGCCAAAGCGCUGGGCCGUGCUAGCAGGGUAGCAAUGGGCCGUCUUGAUGGGAAGGUUGCCAUCAUCACAGGCGGCACCAGCGGCAUUGGUCUCGAAACUGUGAAGGUUUUUGUCGAAGAAGGAGCCAAGGUGAUGUUUUGUGGACGCGGCCAGCAGGUCGGUGAGCAGAUCGCGGAGAGUCUUGGGGCCAAUUGUGCCUUUACCAUGUGCGAUGUAAAUGAUGAGCAGCAAAUCAAACAUGUCAUCGACACCACGGUGGACAAAUGGGGACAGCUCGACAUUCUGUUCAACAAUGCUGGUGGCAUGCUUGGGCCAUUCACGGUAGACCAAAUCAAGAAAGAACAUUUGGACUCAAAUUUCAGUCUGAACUUCAAUUCCAUGGUCUUGGCUACCAAGCAUGCGCUGCCACACCUCACCAAGCAGCCAACCUCGUCCAUCAUCAACAACAGCUCGAUUGCUGCCAAGAAAGCGGGCUUCGGGGCACCCCUGUACAGCGCCUGCAAAGGCGCCAUGGACGCCUUCAGCCGUGUGGCGGCCAUGCAGCUGGCGCCCAAAGGUGUCCGUGUGAACUGCGUCUCUCCUGGGGCCACAGCCACGCCCAUCUUCUGGAGCGGAUCCCCGGGCUCAGCGCGGGGCGCCACGCUGACGGCCGUGGAAAACGCCAAGAAGCAGAAGAAGGUGGAGGCGAACAUCGUCAACAAUUGCACUCCUCUUCGGGUGGGCCGGGCAGGCACUGGCGUGGACAUUGCGCGUGCAGUGUGCUUCCUGGCCUCCGAUGAGAGUGUCUGGAUCACUGGGCAAGACUGGACCAUCGAUGGGGGCAUGACAAUUUUUGAUGCACCAAAUAAGGGAUGGAUGGCGACCCAAAGCCAACUGAUCCAGUUCCCCUGAGCACAAGCUUCCAAGCUGAGCGUGUGUUAGAACAGCGCGCGGGUUUCGCAUGCUCGCUUGCUGGAAGUGCCAUUUGCAUGUCUGGAUCAUGAUAUGGCCACGCAACCCAACACAUCUAAGGUCAGGCGGAAGGCAGACACUUGUGAUGUGUUUCGUCAUUGCAUGCUGGCUGAACAACG